AAAAAAGAGGGCGACCGCCCAUUAAAUAUAGAAAAGGUUCACUGUGUUUUGCAUCGCAAUUUCGUACUGCAGUCUAGAAAUUUGAAAUGUAUUUUAUGGGCUCAACCAUCUAAUUCACAUAAUACACGUAAAAUGGUCCAUAAUUUUACAAUCUCUCCCCUGCAACCGAGAACCUGUGACUGCACUUCUAUUUUAUGAAAUUUCAUUCAGCGAUAAGAUGAGAAUCUUCAAAAGUUGAGAAAACUAAUAAAAAUUAUCUUUGUUUGUAUUCUAAAUUUUCUUUCAAUCUCUUUGUUCUUUUUUUGUUUCCUUCGUUUUCUGUUUUUAUCACUGUCUCUACUAUCUCGUUUUUCGUUGAUUCAAAAAAAUAAUUUUACGUAUACAGAUGAAUGUUCCCGUUUUCAACAAGUCGAAAUCCUUGUUUUAAUAAUUAAUUUUUCUAUGUACUAGUUUCGGUGUGGCUUUAUUUUAUCUAUAUCUUUUCUCAUCAAUUUUUUACUGUUCAUGUAAACGAAUUUGAUGUGGCAAUAUUGUUUUGUAGACUUUUAAAGUUAUUAGAAAAGAACAUUCGGAAUGGAGUAAAAGUAAUCAUGAGAAAGACAAACUCUUUAAAAUGGCAUUCGUCAUAAAUGGAAAUGAAAUUCUAUCAAAAUACAAGGAUGACUGCAAAAGGUUUUUAAAAGGCUCCUUGGGACUGAUAUUGCUUGGCGAAGCGUACAUCUGCGCAGGCGCGCUUUUAUUUAUAUAUUUGGAAGAAUGUCUAAAUGACGGAAAAGCUGUCAAAUACACAAAACAAGAAGAGUUAUGUUUUGAAGCAAAAGAAAAAUAUAAUGACACCAGCUUGUUGACUAAUAAUCAAUCCUUCAUUCGGAAGUUAUUGGUUUUCUGUAACGACACAGUGGAAAGAGAGAAUCCGAAAUGUGAUUUUUCGAACAAAUAUCUUUCAAAAUGGUGGCUGUACACUUUUACUGUGUGUUCAACGAUAGGGUAUGGCAAUACUGUACCAGUUACUGACCUUGGAAAGUUUGUCACCAUGCUAUAUGCAAUACCUGGCAUUGCUAUCACCAUCACUGGCUACACUUUCUUAGGAAGAUUACUAACAAACUUAACGAGAAUUUGCAUUAUAAGAUUUGAACAGAGAAUAUUAAAACACAAGAAAGUUGCUUUACUUAACGUAAAGACUUUGAUCUUUCUAACGUAUGUGGCAAUUUGCAAUCUUUUGGUAUUCGCCUGGAUGUCGUCACUGAAGGAAACAGAAAACUUCCGAUAUUUUGAUGCUAUAUAUUUCGGUUUCAUUACGCAAACGACAAUUGGAUUUGGUGAUUUUUACUACCAUUUCGAAAUGUACUUUGACAAACCCCAUUUGCUGUUUCCGAGUACUUUCUUUUUUAUCAUUGGACUUGGUUUAAUCGCAGCUGUUAUAGCCAGCAUAUCAGAUGCUUCCUUCUCUGAAAAGUGACAGUAAAUUUAAUGAAAAAAACAGUGGAACUGAUACGCGAAUUCUCAUUGUUUUCUUUCCAUAAAAAUUAUUGAGCUUAUUGAGGAUAUUGAACUUUUAAACUCCUUUACAAUUUUCGGUUGCUGCUUUAUAAAUUUCUGAAAAAUUAGAAAGUGUUUACUAUUUCUUCUAUAUCUGCUUUUUUAAUCAACAGCCAUUUUAGGGAUAAUUUUUAGAUAAGAGAUAAAUUAUUUUAAGGUUUUUAUCAAUGUAUUUAAUGUCUGUUGCCCAGCUCGUUAUCAGUCACCAUAGCUACCAGCAAAAUAAUUUUUUUAAUUUCCCUUCGCAGGGAGGUGUCAUAAUGUGACGAAUGUGAGUCUCUUUUUCUCCAUUUUGUAAAAAAAUACAGCGAUUAUCAGACAACAGGCUGCUUCAAAUUUAAUCUUUGUAUGUACGCCAUAUAAAAUUUCAAAGACUGAUAAGUACUAAAAUAAGAGGAGAUCCAAGAUUUGAUAUCAUUUUAUCAGCUUUGUUUUUUUAAGUAUUUAUAAUAAUGAAUCGUGGUGGGUGGUUGGAACAAAAAAAUCUUGCUCGGUAAAUUUUCUCGUUUUUUAUGUUAUGGUGUUAUGGUGAAGUAGUCAACCGCACUUUCAACGAUGUAAUUUGUAUAUCAGAACAUCUUAUUAAUAAGGGGAUUGCCCUCCUUAUCCUCCUUUCGUCACAAAUCUCAUCUUUAACAAUGCUUAUUCCAAAAUAUAUACAAAUAUGAUGUUUUUUAUUUACUGUGACUUCUUUGAAAAUACAGUAGACGUCCGUUAAGUCGAACACGCAAGGGACUAAAUUAUUUGUUCGAAUUGACGAAUGUUCCGAUUAUCAAAAAAAAACAAGAAUUUUAAUAAACGUUUAAAGGAGAGGCGAACAAGAAACUAUUUUGUGGCACCCAGAAAAUAAAUUUUAAGCGAGAGAAAAAUAUAUAUAGAUUUCUAAAUCUUAAAAUCUGCUAAGAUAACUACUAUAAUACCAAAUAAAAAACAAUAUUUCACGACUAACUACCUAUAUAUCUUUCUAACAAUAUUUUUAUAGAAAUUCCAUGGUUGCAUGGGGUGAAAAUAAGUAGGUUUUAAAUGUACUUUUUAGUAAACAUCAAAAAUGACAUCUUUUACUUGAGAUAACCAUGAAUAUU